AUGCUAAGACAUAUCACAAGCUUUGGCAGUUUAAGUGCUGGUAUAUUCUUUAGUUCCACCGAUCGUUUGGUGUAUUGUCUUGUCAAAAAGAGAGCAGACAUGAUAGAAUGCAGUGUAUGCCACUCGAAAAUUUCAGCAAAUAAUAACAGUAAAGCAGUAGUGAGAGCAUACGAUAAACAUAGAAGCGAUGUGUCGUCUAAAACACGCAUUCUUAAUCUUCUUUUGGUUGUUGGUGAUUGCAUCUUAGUCGGUCUCCAGCCUAUAUUGGUGUAUAUAUCAAAGAAGAAUGGGAAAUUCGAUUAUAGUCCUAUAGGUGUUAAUUUCUUGACGGAGACUGCAAAAGUUGUUUUUGCAAUUUUUAUGCUCUUGGUCCAGGCUGCUCGAAACAACGUGCUUCUUGCUGUUCCAGCUUUCCUAUAUGCGAUUAACAAUUAUUUGAAGUUUAUUAUGCAGCUUUACUUUAAUCCUGCCACAGUGAAGAUGCUGAGCAACCUGAAGGUUUUGGUGAUUGCUGUGUUAUUGAAGAUGAUCAUGAAACGGCGAUUUUCAAUCAUUCAGUGGGAAGCUCUUGCUCUAUUGCUCAUUGGGAUUAGUCUGAAUCAGUUACAAACUCUGCCUGCAGGGUCCACUGCAAUGGGUCUUCCAGUUGCAACAGGGGCAUACUUGUACACACUGAUUUUUGUUAGUGUUCCAUCAUUCGCUUCGGUCUUCAAUGAGUAUGCUUUGAAGAGUCAAUUUGAGACUAGCAUUUACCUUCAGUUUAGUAUAACAUUGUCUCCUCAUGGAUUGCUUCCUUCAUCUCAGGCAAACCUGAGGGGGAAUAGUGGGGUCCUUUGCAGGGCCUCAUGGUUAAUUCCACCACCAGAUGCUCCUAACCUUUUCCUGUAUGGGUAUGGUGCCAUAUUCAACUUCCUAGCCAUUCUUGUGACUGCCAUAUUUGAAGGUCCUGAUAGCUUGGAUAUACUACAAGGGCAUUCAAAAGCUACCAUGCUGUUGAUAUGUAACAAUGCAGCACAAGGGAUUUUAUCUUCUUUCUUUUUCAAAUAUGCAGAUACAAUUUUGAAAAAGUACUCGUCAACAGUAGCAACAAUUUUUACGGGAAUAGCAUCUGCUGCACUUUUUGGGACGGUCUUGGGGUGUAAAUUUAUAGAGGGUGCAUUUAUAAAUACAGCUGAGAAGAUUAGCAGCUUUAACAACACCAUGGAAUAA